AUGAUGCAACUGGGUCGCGCCCCGGAUCCAGAAACCAGGCAAGGCUUGUGGCCAGUGCAAAUCAACAGCGGAGACUGUCACAAUUAUAAUAAUACACCCGUUGACGUUGGUGAUGGGUGUGGUAUUGCAGUGUCUAUCGUCCCCAGACAAGCAUGGCGAAAUCCAGCAGAAGAGCGUACAGCAGACCAAAGGGUUGUUGUGCCGGCAAUCGGAAGAGUUGCGGGGGUUGCCUUGAUAACUUUCGUUUCCCCCGAGAAUAAGAAUCACAAGUCCCUCGUAAUCAGAUACGAUAAUAGCAAGGUGAAACAAGCAGUCGGGGAGGGAAAAGAAGGAGCAAGAAGAAAGUGUAUCUGGGAAAAGGGAAACCCUCGUAGCAAAAGCGUCACAAACUCACAGCGUCACAGCUGGGCGCCUGCAGAUCCUUCGUGGCUUGUAGCGUGGACUUGCCAGGUUGUUGCACGCUACAGACAGCUAGUUCAGCCUGGCUGCAUGCUGGCGGUGUCUAAGGCGAGACCUCAAACUUCAGGCGUUGGCUGCUCGUGCGUGGGAGUCGAUGUGGGGUCGGCGAUAUUCUGGCGAUAUUCUGCUGCGCUAAGCAAGAUUUUCUCAUCACGAGACGAGUUAAAUGUGGAGCGGACGAAGAAGAAGAAGAAGUAUGUCGUCGUUGGAGCUUAUCAUUGUCGUCCUCGUCGUGGAGCCAGCGGCAGUCCGUCGCAGCCAGCGCAUCAGCAGCAAUCAGCAGCAACCUCGCUGCGGACUGUGACUGGGCAGAGCCGCACACGAUGGCUCCAGGGUCAGAACGUGGCAAUCCUGCACUAA